GCUUGGAUGCUAGGAUGCUGUGGCGAAAUUGUGGUUUUUAGGUUGGAUUUAUGUUGCUUUUUAUGUUGAAAAGUGCUGCUGAUUAUGUGAAAUGUGCAAAUAUUGUGCUGAUUCGAACAAUGUUAAGUGAUGCGUUCAUGCUGGCAAACUAAAAUAACAACAUUUUAUAUCCGUACGAUGCAUGUAUCGUCUCGUACUUGUGGCAAAAAAGUUGACUAGGAAGUUUCUAAAUGUCUAAAAUCCUCUAAUAGAUUAAUUACUAUCGGUGAAAGCCAAUCACAUUGCAGAUAAAUCUGCACAAUUGAACAAAUUCUCCGAGAUUUGUGAUAGUUGACAAGUGUUUAAUCGCGCAAUGCUUUUGGAGCGGCGAGCAAUCAAAAGGAGGGUUUGAAUAGUGAGACACGAAACGGAAAUACACAACCCUCGGCAGAUGACAAGACCCAAAUUAGUUAUGGAGUUCUGCAAAUAUUGUUAUGUUUGGAUACUUAUGUACGGUGUUGGUGUUCUACUUCCACCGAACGCUGCGUUUGGUGUCUCACAAGGACAAGGUGUACCCACGUGGAUCUAUCUCGGCAUAAAAUCACCGUUUAUUGUUUUUCGGUCUGAGAAUGAAGUAUUAUCGAAUAAUAGUGUUCUUCUAAAUAUAACAGAAAUACGAAAUAAAUUAAAAUAUGUACAAAGUAUCGAUCACUUCAUCCGUCCUAUUGAUAACAGUAAAACUCAGAAAAAUGGCCAAACAGUUCACACUGGUGAAAGCCAUGGAGAAAGAUUGAUAGGAGAUAACAGUUUCAAACAAUUCAGUUCAGGAACACCUGAUGUAUCAUCAGUAUUGAGAGCGUUGAAUGUUCGUGAGGAUAACAUUUCCGCAAUUUUUUUAACUACACUAAGCCCCUCUUUCAUUAAUCACUUUGGAAAGCAGAGCCAAGAAAAUGUCCGUCCGACAUCGGAUAGUAAAUUCCCCAGUGUAAUGGCUAAUGCAGAUCACAUGAUUUCAGAUGAUGAUGGUCAACAAAUAGAACGUAAAUACAUUAUUCCGUUAGCUUUAAAAACGUCAACGAACGAAAAAGAAAAAACCUCAUCAGUAUUCCACGGCUCAUCUACGAAUAUCGAUGAUCUAAAACGACACAUUUUAAUGCUGCAAAAUCUAACACAAUCCGAUAAAAACUUUCAAAGCAAGUUUGUAGUAUUCCCUUCGUUGCAAAAGAAUGAAUCAAAGACAUCACGGCCCCCACUGAUUCCAGCAGUGGCAGUGUCUUCUUUACCUUCAGAUAAACAACAAGCGACUUUGUCACCAUCGUCGAUUCAAAUGAAAGAAUAUUGGAGAAAACCAAUCGGAAAGCCGACCCCAAUGAGUCAAAGCCCAGACAAAAUCACUAUCAUACCCCAGGUGUUGGUACAAAACGACCAAACUAGUGAAGCUAUCAGAGAUAAGGAGGGUGACUUAGGAGAAGUAUCCAGUAAAUUUGCAGCUGAUAAAAGCAAAGAGCGCUCUUCAGCUAGUCAGGCAUAUCGACGAACAAAGGUGCAUAAUAGUGAAGAGAAAAGUUUUAUUACAAAUGUUGCUCAUAAAUCAACAACAUCCAGCAUAGGUCACUUCACUGAGGUUAGCUACAAAGAAAAGCUUGUUCCUACUCGGAAACUUAGGAGGAAAAGCCAGAGAAAUGUACUACUAGCAAGGAAUGCUUCUGUAGCAAGUAAGUUACACGAGAAUGUGUCAGAAGCGAAUAUAAUAGCAACAACUACAGAACGUACUACAAUAGUAAACAAAGAUAGAACGAAAAAAAAACAACGUAAGAACAAUCGACGGAUAUUGGGAAUUGGCAGAGGCAAACAGCCUGUCGGAACUGACGAUUUGAGUGACAAUCCAUAUUCUCCAACAUGGUCACAAAGCGACCGAAUCAAGCAUAACACUGGCGAAAGCAGUGUGAACGGGAACGGCAAUCUCAAACUCUACGAAAGUACCACUUUAAAUUGGACUAAACACCGGACUCGACGUAAUGAUAAUGGAGAGCGUGAGUCCUUUAAUAGGCAAGAUCCUAAACAAUUCCGCUCAUUGAAUAGUCCAUCUCAUCACCUGAGCAAAAGCAGACGCGCUGAAAGCCGAGUGGUUGGGCCUAUGACACCAUUUUCCAUUGGUGUUUCAGGAAAUGAUGAAGGAUAUCUGCAUAACAGUGAUAAAAGUGAGCUCAAUGAUCGUAAUCGAACCUUGCCGGUCGCAGCACAAUAUGAAAAGGAUGUUAUAGAUCUUAAUCCAGAUCUCUGCUAUUCUGUAAGUGCGAUGAGCGGAGGGCAGCAGAAAUUGUGUGCUCAACAUACGAGCAUCAUGCCAGCUAUAAGUCGCGGAGCACGUGCCGCCAUACAGGAAUGUAAACACCAGUUCCGAAAUCGUCGAUGGAAUUGCAGUACAGUGGAUGAUGUAACCGUGUUUGGCCCAAUUUCAAAUAUAGGAUCGCCUGAGAUUGCCUUCGUUUACGCCUUGGCAGCCGCGGCAGCAUCCAGUUUCAUUGCUAGAGCGUGCCGCGAUGGGCAGCUGGCCACUUGUGCGUGUUCUCGAAGCCUUCGUCCAACUAAGCUUAAUGAAGAUUGGACGUGGGGAGGCUGUGGAGAUGAUAUGGAGUUCGGCUACAAGUUUUCCCAAACAUUCAUUGACACCAAAGAAAAGGAAAAAAAACGUGGUACUCGUGGACUAGUAUCAAUACCCGCUAAAUAUCCUAAAAUAAUCGAGCAUCUGCUGGAUGCAUUCAACGACACGACCAAAAAUGGUGCUUUUUUCAAUGAAACCAUCAGUCCAGGGGAUUUGGCAGUAUUGCAGAAGAAAAUAGCAAUCGAAAUAGAGAAAUCAAAUCUUACUCCGGCAGAAAUGAGUGACUUGCAGGAACGAAUUUACAAGGAAGUUACCAACUCUGAGGUAUUCAACCUCAAUAACGUCAACAUUUAUGAGAGGCUGAAAAAAAUGUUCCGUAAGCCAGACAAAACGCUCAACGGAGUUCAGUUUAGUGCUUCUGCCAAAGCAAGAGCCCUCAUGAAUUUGCAUAACAAUGAAGCCGGCCGUAGGGCUGUCAUAAAAAAAUCAAGGAUCAUUUGCAAAUGUCACGGCGUUUCCGGUUCAUGCAGUUUAAUUACUUGUUGGCAGCAAUUGACUUCUAUACGGGAAAUUGGUGAUUUUUUGCGCGAAAAAUAUGAUGAAGCAACACAGGUUAAAGUUAAUAAACGUGGUCGUCUGCAAGUGAAGGAUCCACGGUAUAGAAUUCCCUCUGCCCUCGAUCUAAUCUAUUUAGACGAAAGUCCCGACUGGUGUAGAGUCAACCGUCAGCUUAAAUGGCUAGGGACACAUGGUCGGGUUUGUAAUAAAACUUCAUCCGGUUUAGAUGGUUGUUCUAUUCUAUGCUGUGGCAGAGGUUACAACACUAAGAAGAUUAUUGUAAAAGAACGUUGCAACUGCAAAUUUCAAUGGUGUUGCCAAGUUAAAUGUGAAAUCUGUACUAAGACUAUCGAGGAAUACACUUGUAAGUAGUGGAUUGUCAAUGAAAUGGAGUAAAACAUAAGCAUAAUAUAUUGCAAAAACUAUGUUGAUAGAACUUCACGAGCAGCUUAUGAAUCUCAGUUCAAAAGCUUUUUUAUCGGAAAUGUUUUUUUUUUGUAGAGUCAUUAUCAUUAUCAGAGUUUAGUACAACGCUCUAGAAUCCUAAGUUUUCGAAUAACUAAGAAAUCUACGUGUAAUGUCAAACCAUAAACUGUGGUCGGAAUGAUUCCUUUGCCUCGUUAGGCUUCCAUGGCAAUGAUGCCACGGCUGUAAAUAGUUUUUUUUGCAAUAGAUGUAUAGCACGUUACAACAAUUGUAUUAAACAGUAUUAUUAUUUGGAUCUUCGUAUCUUUAUUAAGUCCAUAAUUAUUUAAUGCAAAGGCUAAGAGGAAUUUGUUUUUCAAAUUAUUUCGGCGUUUUUACGCUGUUAUGCAUUUAUUAAGAACUGGCUAGGGAUAACUAUAUUAAGGAUAUCUAUAUUUUAGAUUGGCGAAGGUUAUUAUUUAUAUUUUGAAUCAAUAGUAGCAUAACGAUAUUUUCAUUAGAAUUUAACUUGAAUUACAACCAAGAAGCCAAAAUUGAAUUGGAGGCAAAAAGAAAUCACUAAUAGACUAUGACACAAUACAAUCAUAGGAAACGAAUAUUUGAUAAAUGAAAAAGGCAAAUUAAAGGAAUAAAACUAACACGAUUAAAAUUUGAUUAAUUAAUCCUUUAACGAUGCAUGAAUUGUUAGAACUCGAACUGUAUCGUCACCAA